CACCAUGCCCAGCUGGCCCAUGCGUCUGCUACCCCAGAUUCUGAGUCUCUGAGUGACCUCAGCCCCGCAACAAUUGCCAUUCUUUGAUAACCACAGAAUGACCUCACCCCACCCUCCCUCGGCGUAUAUCUCCGCCAUAACUGCCUCACCUCCUUACUGUAGCCUCAUAUCGAACUUCUAACAGCUCUGGCGAUUCAUACCCCCACCAUCCUUCACCUGCAGGCUCCUCCUAGUUACUCUCCUCCUAGCUACUCUCCUCUUUGCUUUCCUCCUUGCUUUCCUCCCUCCCUUUCUCCUUCCUUUCUGCAUCCUGCCUCUCCUCCCCAAACUCCUGCGGCCAGCCCGCGGCCCAUCGCCUCUGACAUCUACUAGAAGCUUCACAAUGGCGUGGCGAAGCUCUGGCUCGACCAACGCCGGUCUUGUCAACAACCUCGCGCAGAACGGGCUCAUUACAAACGACCGAGUGAAAGACGCCAUGUUGCAGGUUGACAGAUCCCACUACGCACCCACAUCCCCCUUCGACGACUCCCCGCAACUCAUCGGCCACCAAGCCACAAUCUCUGCGCCCCACAUGCACGCCAGCGCCUGCGAAUCCCUCCUCCCGUUCCUGAAUCCGGGGUCCCGCGUGCUCGACAUCGGAUCCGGCUCGGGGUACCUCACCGCCGUGUUUGCGAAACUCGUCGGCGAGACCGGCACCGUCAUCGGCGUCGAGCACAUCCAGCCACUUGUCGCCCUGGCCCAGGCCAACAUGCGCAAGUCAGCCGACGGGCGGCAAAUGCUGGAUUCGGGACGAGUGCGGUUUAUUAAAGCGGACGGACGGAAGGGGUGGAAGGAUGGUGCGCCGUAUGAUGCAAUUCAUGUAGGCGCUGCGGCCGCCGAACAUCAUGUCGAGUUGACGGAGCAGUUGAAGGCUCCAGGGCGGUUAUUCGUGCCGGUUGCUGAGGGGUGGAUGCAGCAUAUUUAUGUGGUUGAUAAGAAGAGUGACGGGAGCGUAGAGCGAAAGAAGUUGUAUGGUGUGCAGUAUGUGCCGUUGACGGAUGCGCCAGUGGAGUGAAUGACGACUGGAAGACGAGAAAUCAGGAGGUGUCCUAAGAUUGCAAACAGUCACAUGAGAUAAGCUAGGAUAGGUGCUGAAAGGAUGAAGCAGGAUGAAGAAUGAAUGAUGGAACCUGGACAUAAGACUUGGGCAUGGAACAUGCAUCUUCAACCCUCUACCCUCUAUACAUACAUCUUCGGCCUGGCAUAUUCAACGAUGCGCCGCCUUCAGGGUACAACUCGAUACGACUCGACCAAGAGAACACAAAGGCUCUCACCAUCUUCAAUUGCCAUGGCAGUGGCGAAGGAGGAAUAACUAUGAUAAACUGUAUUGUCAUUGUACGAUUGAGAUUGAGAUUAUUAGCACACACACAUAUAUAUAUAUAUAUACGCGCACUUUAU